GCUUCCUCUGUUCCUAUGAGUCCCUCCAGGUCCAGCAGGGGGCGCAGCCAUCCCACCCACCCACCCGGAACCUCUCGAAGCCCCGGAACCCUUGGCGGGCGUCGGCAGUUCCUACCCGGAGCGUUGCGUCGGCUGCGCCCGGCCCGGCCCUUCUGCUGGAGGGGAAGGUGGCUUGAAGGGCUGCGGGAGGGGCGGGGGCAGCAGAGGAGGAGGAGGAGCAGCCCCCGCAGAGAUGGCCGCCUGCGCUGCCGUGACGCUGCCCGGCCCCUUUUGGCUCCUGCCCGCGCUCUGCACCAGACAACCGCUACAGAUGGCCCUGACAGCUCUCUUCAGGUCCAGCAGAAAAGCUCUGCCAUCCUCAAGAAGAAGCCGUCCCUUCCCAGCAGCCGGGGGGAGUACAUUGUCACCAAGCUGGAUGAUCUGAUCAACUGGGCUCGCAGGAGCUCCAUGUGGCCGAUGACCUUCGGCCUGGCUUGCUGCGCCGUGGAGAUGAUGCACAUGGCUGCUCCCCGCUACGACAUGGACCGCUUCGGGGUUGUCUUCCGGGCGAGCCCCCGGCAGGCCGACAUCAUGAUUGUGGCUGGCACGUUGACCAACAAGAUGGCCCCUGCCCUCCGGAAGGUCUACGAUCAGAUGCCAGAGCCGCGCUACGUGGUGUCCAUGGGGAGCUGCGCUAACGGCGGUGGCUACUACCACUACUCGUACUCCGUGGUGCGGGGUUGCGACCGGAUCGUGCCCGUCGACAUCUAUGUGCCAGGUUGCCCGCCUACUGCCGAAGCGCUGCUCUACGGGAUCUUGCAGCUCCAGAAGAAGAUCAAGCGGGAGAAGAGGCUCCAGAUCUGGUACCGGAAAUAGCGCGGCCCGUUGAGACGCCGCCGGGUUGGGAGUGGCUCUGCCCGGCCCUUGAAAACACUUUUUGCACACGCUCUCCCAGUAAAGCUGCAUGAGAUAUAUAUAUUGGA